UGGCUGUUAGGAGCGAGGCUGGGGCUCUGCGGGGAACAAGAAAGGCUCCCCAGGAAAACGAAACUGAAACAUUUCUGUCCGAGGCUGCUGGGGCGGAGUACCCUGCGGCCCCAUUUCCCGUCCUUUUGAGUCCCGAGCGGUUGCUACGACCCCGCAGUCCAAAGCCAUGGCCUGCAGAUCCGACCCGCCAUCCCCGAUGCUUGUGCGGGUGAGCCACUCCGGUCCCCGGCUACAUCGAAAGCUGGAACUCUACUUCCAGAGCCGGUCUUCGGGGGGUGGUGAGUGCACGGUUCGUCCCCACGACCAAGGAGGCCCGGACACUUUCCUGGUGAGAUUCCAGGCCAGGGCAGAUAAAGAGAGAGUAUUGAAAAAGGAAAAUCAUAAUAUUACACUUGAUGAUAAAAUUGUGACAAUUUACCUGGAUCCCACUGAAAAUCCAACGGAGAUGAAUACCCAACUCAGAAAUUCUUCAUUGACUCAAGUAAGAGAAGAGCAAAGGUCAGAUGAGAAGCAUCUAAAUGAAGAAUAUAUUCCAGACACUGUGGCUUCCUGUGUCCAAAAGAUCUUUCUUGAUGUCACCGCUGAUCUGAAUUGUGACCUGUUUUCUAAAGAGCAAAGGAACCAUAUCUCCACUCUCUGCCCCAAUAUCAAAAAAAUGGAGGGCAGCAAAGGGAUAGAGAAGGUGUGUGGUGACUUCAGAGAUAUUGAAAAAAUAUAUCACUACUUGAGCAAGCAACUACUUGACAAUGAAUUGAAAUGUGGCUCUUCCACUUUACUAGAGGAGAGUCAAUUACUCCAUCCACCAAGCUGGAACAACAGUGUUAGUUUACUGGAGAGGCAACUGCAUUACCCAUCAAGUUCAAACAAUAAUGUAAGUUUACUUCAUGAGAAGCAACUACUUACUCCCUCAGAACUACAAAACAGGUCUGAAGAAAAAAACAUGCAUUGUGAAAUUCCUUUGCUUUUCUUUGAAUAUUUCAAAUAUGUCUCUCCCAAUAAAUUAGAAUCCAUAGAGAGAAAAUUUGGUAUAAAAAUUAAAAUUCAGGAAUGUUCACCCUAUGUCCAUUUAGACUUCAUCAAAAAUCAAUCAAAUAACUGUAACCUAGCUCUUAACUCUUUUGCUAGUGAAUUUCAAAAGGUUACAGUAGCUCUGAAGGAGGAGCAUAUCAUUUUACCAGAUAAUGAGAAGCCACAUAAAAUCAAACAGAAAUUGGUCCACCUGUUUGAAAAGCUCCUCAUAAAGGAGAAUAAAAAAGGAUUAACUCUCAUUGGGACCCAAGAUGAUAUCACAGCUGCCAAACAAUUUCUUGCUUCCUCAACUCCUGAAAGUCUUACUAAGGUAUCUUUGAAAAUACAGCCUCCUGAAUACAUGAUGAAUGGAAUUGGGGUUGAUACUCCCCAGUUAAAGCUUUUGAGAACUGAAUUAUGCCAGAAAAUAUCUGAGAUAGAAAAAACAUAUGACUGUCAAAGUCGUGUUUCAGAAGGAAACCAGAAAACUUACAUUAUAUUUGAACCUAAGAACAAGGAAUUAGAUUUGUCUGUGCAUGCAUAUGUAAAUUUCAUCGAUGCUUAUCAAGAUAUUUCAAGUCAGUUGACAAAAGAAAUUCUUUUAUUGAAAUCUUUGGGCAAGAAGAAAAAGCACUUGCAAGGCAAAAAGUUCUCUGAUGAUUUUAGGAAAAAUCAUCCAAAUGUACACUUUGUGUCAAAUCAAGAGACAAUGACUUUGAUUGGGUUGCCAAGUCUCCUGGAGAAGGCAAAGCAGUAUGUCUUACAAGAAGAGGGAAUGUCUUUAUUAACUAGAGAGAAAUGGAGUGGGGAUCCUCAAACAACUGUGGAUGUUGAUAGUAACAAUUCAAAGAUAGCUCCACCAACAUUCCAGCAUUCAGCCAGUGCUGGGAACACAGGAAUGGAUGAGAAUAAGAAUCAAUGUAUGAUCUGCUUGGAUACCAUUCGUAACAAAAAAGUGCUCUCAGAGUGUAAACAUGAGUUCUGCAAUGACUGUAUCAAUAAAGCCAUGAAAUAUAAACCAUUUUGUCCUCUGUGCAUGACUCCCUAUGGUAUCCUGACAGGGAACCAGCCAGAGGGUACCAUGGAUGUGUCUUUUUCAGAGUCUUCAAUUUCAGGUUAUGAACAGCAUGGCACCAUUAUCAUCACUUACAAAAUGAAAGGAGGCAUACAAACAGAAAUGCACCCAAACCCAGGGAAGAGCUAUCUUGGAAUAGAACGAACAGCAUACUUGCCUAAUAAUGAGGAAGGAAAGGAGGUUUUGAAUCUGCUUCGAAGGGCCUUUGACCGAAAACUGAUUUUCACAGUGGGGUAUUCUCACACAUCAGGAGUCUCAAAUGUUAUUACAUGGAAUGAUAUUCACCACAAAACAGCCACAUUUGGGGGACCAGCACGCUAUGGAUAUCCUGAUCCGAAUUAUCUGAAACGUGUCAAACAGGAGCUGAAAGAUAAAGGAAUUGAAUAAGAAGUACUAUUAGAAUGUCUUGAACCAAGCUUUCAGAAGAUUAAAUAAAAUCAUUAUCAAUCAAAUUUUAUGUAGAAAUGCCUGUUGAAAUUGUCAUCUCAAGUAGUAGUUUGUAUAAGUGUUAAAACAUGCUAGUCUGUCAUUUUGGGGAGAGAAGUGGAAUGCUAUGGUCUAAAAUUAUUAUUUGUUUCUAUAUGCUAUGUUUUGUUUUGGGCCAUGUCCAGCAGUACACGGGGCUUACUUAGAACUCUGGGCUCAUAGAGCACUCCUGGCACGGCUUGGGAGGAAUUAGGAGGAGUGUUGGGGAUUAAUCCUGGGUCAGUCACAUGAAAGACAGGUACCAUACCUACUAUACAAUAUUUCCACCCCAAAAGGCUGAAUUUCUUUUCUUCCUUUUUUCCUCCCAGAAAAUAGAAAGUUUAUUGAAAAGUGGAAGAGAAGAAACUAGAUAGCCAGAGAGGAAUCUAGCAUAGAACUAAGUUACAAAACCUGAAUAUUUUACUCCAAAAAAUUGGCUGUUGAGCAUUGAAUUCUGAACAUUGACCAGACUUCUAGCUUGACCCUUGUUUUCUCUUGAUUCUGUAAUCUGCCAUAUGGGGUGCACAUAUUCAUGAAUGUCCCUUUCUCUAGAUAAUAGUGAUCUGAGUAUACUUCACUUCUGGUUUUACUAGAUAAGUAAUCUUACUUUUGUUCCCAGAUUGUAAUUUUCUUUUAUAACCCUUUUAGUAGUUUUUCCAUCUUUUCACUAUGCUCCAUCAAGUUGUCUUUUUGUCCUUACAAUAUAUCACCCUAGCUGUUUAUGGAGAAAGAAAAGGCAGGAGUUGAACUUUCCCUGAGGAAUAUAUAACAUGUCAUAAUUUACUUUCAAAUGGUUUUCAAGAAGAAAUCGAUAGUAAUAGGUUGUCUGGUUAUUGUGUUUCUCCUAAAAUGGUGAGAUAUCUUCUUUUUUCUUAAAAAUAUAUAUAACACACAUGUACAUUUUU